AUGGACUUGCCCAAAUUGAAGUUGCAAGGUGCGGAGAACUUUGUGGAGGUCCUUGGUGAGAUUAGUAAACACCGAGCACGUGGGAAGCUCCCGAAAGUGCUCUUCACCUCCACGGCUGUCAGCAUCAACGGAGCACCUCAACUGGCCAGCUACACAGCAGGUGCUCGAGCAUUGGAAGCUUUUUGCAGUUGCCACUCUGCGAUGCACUCAUCAACGACGCACUCUUCCAAGAUGGACAUUCGAUGUGUGGCCCUGUCAGCCUGGGAUUCCAUUGGAAUCACUGAGAAAUAUCCGACAUUAGCCGACGCAGCUCCCUCAGCUGGUCUGCAUCUGCUUUCGCCACAGCAGGGUCUACUUGCCUUGGAGGCGGCCUUUCAAUUUGCCCAGCCUCGCUUCAAUGUUUUGAUGAUUGGACUGGACGGUGGCCAUCCUCGCUUUCAGCCAUUGACAGGUGGCACAGGCAACCUGGUAGCAAGCCUCAAUACGACAUCUGUGGCAGGAUGCAUCGAAAUCAUACAGGCUGCGGUACGGAAGAUCUUGGGAUGUGAAGCCAAGCUUGGAGAUAGUUUCGUGCAGUUAGGCUUGGACUCCAUGUCUUCAAUGUCCCUCCACAGCAACUUGUGCCAAGCUUCUGGCAUAAGCCUUCCCUUCAGCAUUUUCUACGACGAGCCGACGGUCCUUCAGGCUGCUAGCUUUCUCCACCGCUCUGCUGGUGGUGGUGACGAGGAGGAGGACCUGGAGUCCAUGCUUCAGGACGCCGAGGCUCGGCGUUCUUAUCAUCUCAGCCAAGCCAAGCAGCUUCUCGCUUCAGUCGAAACAAGUGAUGAAGAAGCGAAGGCUGCACGUUUGAAAGAGGCACUGGACAUUUGUAGGAAGGCCGUUGAGGGUGCAUCUGGCAGUGCAUUGGUCGUUGCGCUUGCAUUGGAGGCAGAAAUCGGUACGCAAUUGGGGUUGGAGGAGCUCGUUGCAACGACGAGGUCGCUGCUGGCUGCUUGUGAAGACGCUUAUGGUGCUGAUAGUCCAGAUACGGCUGUAGCCUUGGGAAAGCUGAUCCGGGCAUCGAAAGCAGGAGAGGGAGGAGAAGCAGUUCGAUGGGUCGCGGACUUUCAACGAAGGCAUGAAUCGUUCAUGAGGGCGAUUUCAUGGGUAGAAGCUGCAGGCUUGGCCACCCUGGGAGGAAACUCCCAGUGCGUUGGCGCAGUCAGCGCGGUCAGCUUUGCCAAUGUCACGAUGACAUUGAGAACUCUUAACUUGGAUGACCAAGGCCUCGGAAAGCGUGUUGAAAGCAUCAUAUGGCUCAGCACCCUUGGCAAUUUAGAGCAGCUCGAAGUGCUGAAGCUGCGAAGAAACGCGAUUUGUGAGCUCCCAAGUACCUUGGGCAAUUUGCUGAAACUACGUGAACUCUACUUGACCAGCAACGCCUUGAGUGAUUUGCCCCAGACCUACUCAAAUCUCUCUAAGCUCCAAGUGCUUUGUUUGGAGAGGAAUAGAUUUGAAAGGCUGCCCAGAGUCAUCUACGCCAUUUCUCGAAGAUUGCUUCAGCUCGGCUUGGAUGAACAAGAGAUCUGCGAGCCGAGCGAGCUCAAGAACCUUGAAGAGAAUUCGCUGGAGAACUCCUUCUUCUCCAUGGAGCUCUUUGCACCAAAGCUCUCUAUCUUGCGUGGCCGAGCUGCUUCAAGUUCUUCUUCCUCCUUCCCAAGACUUGCGACAGAUACAACUCGAUCGAAUUUGAACACCAUUUUUUGGGCCAACAAUGCUGAAGGAGAUUCACCCUUGAGGCUUCCUAGCUUCAGUACAACUAUCUUCGAGUCUUUGCGCUUGUUGGAUUUGGCUCACAAUCAGAUUUCUUCAAGCCUUUGCUUCCUGGAAGGCUUGAGGAACUUGAGGGACUUAAGCCUUGCAGGGAAUCGACUGCGUGAAGUACCGGGCAAAAUCAGCAGUUUCUGUCCUUUUCUUCAACAACUAUGGCUCCAUGGCAACGAUCUUGAAGAACUUCCAGAGGAGUUGGGGGAUCUUCAGUCCUUGGCCAUCUUGGAGUUACAUCACAACAGACUCAAGUCUCUGCCAAAAUCCCUUGAGAAGCUACAGAAGUUGAAUUGGCUUUUUGCUCAUUGCAAUGAGCUAAAGGAUCUUCGGAUCAUCAAAACCUUGAACUCUUUGCCCCGAUUGAAGAUCGUUGGCUUGGGUUGCAACCAGCUUCCUUUACAGUGUCUCGACUUCCAAAGCUUACAAGCGAGUUAUGGUCUCGCUUGGAACUCGGGCAUUUCGCCAGAAGACCAAGUUCUGACCGAAGCAUUGACCACCAUCGAUUUGCAUUGGGAUCUACUGCUUGGUGGCAAAAGAAAAGAAACGCUCCAAGAGCUUCUGGUGGUGACUUUCUCAGCUCAGGGGGCACCGGUGGCACAGGGUCAAGCAGAAGUUCGCGCUUUGAGAGACUCCUUGUUGCCAGUGGACGCUUUAUACAUUUGCGAUCCAGCCAAUGCCUGGUUUUUGCAAGAUCCCUCUGGCAAUUGGAAGGGACUUCAGUACUUUGAGGAGAAGAUCUCUGACAUCACCUCCAGAUACCGAAAAGUCUUUGCUUGGGGUGGAUCUAUGGGAGGCUCAGCAGCGCUUCUUUUUGCCAAUCUCUUUGACCGCGUCCAUGCCUUCAGCCCACAAGUGGAUUUAGCUUACACUUGGCCGAGUUUUGCGACGCAAGAUGUGCGAGAACAAUUCCGAUCGCGUGUGCAGGACGCAGUCUCAUCCUGCCGUGGGCCAGUGCACCUCCACGUUGGUGCAGAAAAUCACACGGAUAAUCGACAUGCAGCUGCUUUGCCACAAGCAAGAGUUCAUUUGCACGAGACCGCAAAUCACAAUACCAUGAAGCAUGUAAAGCAGAGAGGCAAGCUGUUACCCCUCCUGAAGUUCGAGGUUAUGGAUUUGCUGACGAGUUGA